GCGUCGACGACGACGUCUCGUUGACUUCGUGGAAGCUAUUAGGAUAUCCGUAGAACAGGAGCUACGAGACACGAGCACUACAAGAGUGAAAACGGCAAGCUCUGGGUAGAGGAUAGUUGCUCAGCUUCAGUUUCUUGAUCUACCUGAGACCAAGCCUACACCAUGCUGAGGAGUUGCCAAAUAGCACGAAACAGCUAUCACUGGUUUGCUGUCUGUGGAUUAGGGCUGAGUCCCGAAUACCUGAGCGCGAGGGGGCUAACAGAUCUCCAUCCGUCUUCCACUCUGGCCAGUACAGAAUUCCCUUUUAGUAUAGAUGGUUCUCGUCUGAACAGCCCGCGACCAGGUGCUGGAGGGGGAGGGGGUGCAGCGGCCAGCAUUCGAGCCUCCCGGAAGCGUGCUCUCUCUUCCUCCCCCUACUCGGACUCCUUCGACAUCAACUCCAUGAUACGGUUCUCUCCGAACUCCUUGGCGUCCAUUGUCAACGGGUCCAGGUCGUCGUCGGCUAGUGGGUCCUAUGGGCACUUGUCCGCAGACCUAACGACGAAGGCGGUGCUUUUUGCAGGUGCCAUAAGCCCCGCACUGUCGGUCCACCCAGCGGUACACUUACAGCAACUGCAGGCCCACCUGAUGCGAAGUUCGGGCUCGUUGCUGCCCCUCCCACCACCUGGAGGGCCGCCCCCGCAUCCCCACCACUCUGUCUAUUCGCUGGGGCACCACCCGCUGCACAUGUCUCACAACGCAGCUGCGGCCGCUGCAGCGGUUAACAAUAAUAACAACAAGACUGACAUCCUGAGCGAUAGAAAAAAGUCUGACACUAGUACAAUAACGAACUUGGACGUGGACUCGACCAGAAAGCCAAGAAUAAAGAAGGAGCCUUCCCUUAACUCGUACGCACCAAAUAGUGAUGGUCAAAAUGACCCGACUGAUCUCAAAGAUGAACCAGGCGAUUUCAUCGAAACCAAUUGCCAUUGGAAGGAUUGUUCCACGGAGUUUGGAACGCAAGAGGAACUAGUUAAGCAUAUAAACAAUGACCACAUUCACGCGAACAAAAAGUCCUUUGUAUGUCGAUGGGAGGGAUGUUCAAGGGCUGAAAAACCCUUCAAGGCGCAGUACAUGCUGGUAGUGCACAUGCGAAGGCAUACAGGAGAAAAACCUCACAAAUGCACGUUUGAAGGUUGUGCAAAGGCAUAUUCCCGGCUAGAAAAUCUGAAAACCCACCUACGAUCUCACACUGGUGAAAAACCCUACACCUGCGAGUAUCCAGGCUGUUCAAAAGCGUUCAGCAAUGCAUCGGAUCGAGCCAAACAUCAGAAUAGGACGCACAGUAACGAGAAACCGUACGUGUGCAAAGCUCCCGGCUGCACUAAGCGCUAUACGGACCCCUCUUCUUUGCGCAAGCACGUGAAGACCGUCCACGGGGCGGAGUUCUACGCUAGCAAGAAGCACAAAGGCGGAACCAACGAUGGUGCGGGCAGCGAAGAAAGUGGAGGCGGUGCAGGAAUGGGUGUGGCCGAAGGGGCUAGUCCGCGCAGCGAGCCGGAUUCGAAUAAGACGGCCAGCUUGAGCAGCCCAAGUGUGAAAUCGGAGUCGGAUGCGGCAAAUUCACCAGCGGGGGCGGGCGGUCAUCAGACCAGCCCCAUGAUGACGCUCAACGGAGGAUUCAAUGACGACUUCUCCGCUCCAGACCUGAGCCCCUCAAGUUUCCACCCACGCCACUCAGAUCACACCGGUGGUGUCGGCCAAGGAGGAGGAGAAGAUCCACCGUGGGCGUAUGACGCCGAAGACCUUGAAAUCGACGACCUGCCAGUGGUGCUUCGGGCUAUGGUUGGAGGAGUGGGCGGUGCCACUGCAGCCGCGCAGGCUGUGCCGCGCAUGCGCGUUAAGCCCAGGGCAAAAGGGGUGGCGCCAGCGGUGCAGAGGAAGAAUAUUGCCGAUCUCAAUCGGAGGAUUACCGAUCUCAAGAUGGAGGGUGGUGCCACUGUCCCAACAUCUACGGCCAAACCAACGACCCAAUUCACCGAGCUUCAGCAGAGGCUGCAACCAUCCACAGCCGUACAGGCUCAGCUUAGGAGAGAUAGCUCUUCUACGGUCAGCUCUUACUAUGGCAGCAUGCGCAGUGCUGACGCUGCCAGUCGAAAAAGUAGUCUGGCAUCACAGGUAUCUAGGCCAGGCAUUCAAACCACAGGACAAGGUUCCUUCUACGAUCCAAUAUCAGUCGGAAGUUCGAGGAGGUCUAGUCAGCUGUCAACGACGACUACAGGAGGUAGUUCAAUACCCCCACCACCACCAAGUCAUCUGCUUGCAGGUCAAUUGCAAAAGCUUCAAGCCGCUUCUGUUUCAAGUGGGAUGAACAGCAAUCUGGUAUUACAGACACAGAAUGCAUCUCUCCAGCACACCGCCAUGCAGCAAAGUUGGCUGUCAAACACCCUGACCAAUUUGACAACAGCGAGUAGUGAAGCACGAAGAAUGUCAGAACCCACUCACACAAUGACAGAUAGAAAAAGUCCACCACCUAGACCUGCUUCAGUGACCUUGUCACCUCUAAAGGGCACCAUGAGCUCUUCCGAAAUUCAUCCCAAUCAAGCUGUGGUCUUGGAUGAAGUUGGUGAGGGAGAAAUGGUGGAGAAUAAGUUAGUAAUACCCGAUGAGAUGGUUAGAUACUUGAACCAAGUUGCUGACAACAACACGGGAGAGGUUACGAAUAUGAGUUGGUCGGGAAAUGGUGAUACUUCAAGUAGGAACAUUACACAGAAGCCUCUUGGUAGCCCGUCGAGUUUUGGCAUCCUUCCUUCACCUAGCAAUUUGAACCAGAUGAUUCCUUCGCCUUCGAACAUUAACCAAAUGAUACCAUCUCCUGGUAGUUUGAAUCAAAUCAUGCCUUCUCCAUCAAGCUUGAACCAAAUGAUGCCAUCUCCUUCAAGUACCAACCAGAUUCAUUCACAAAUUGGACCAAAUCCUUCCAGUCAGAUGCUAGCAUCACCUGCUGCAAACCUGAAUCAAAUGAUGGCUUCCCCAUCUGCUAACAUGAACCAAAUGAUCCCGUCCCCAGCUUCAAACAUGACUCAAAUGAUGCCUUCUCCAGCUUCAAACGUGAACCAAAUGAUGCCUUCUCCUGCUUCCAACGUGAACCAAAUGAUGCCUUCUCCUGCUUCAAACGUGAACCAAAUGAUGCCUUCUCCAGCUUCAAACAUGAACCAAGUGUUGAAUUCCCCAGCUGGUGCUAUGAACCAAAUGAUGGCCUCUCCUGCGAGUUUAAAUCAAAUGAUGCCUUCACCAGCUCCAUCAAAUUUAAACAAUCAAAUCAUGUCUCCGGCUCCAAAUAUGAAUCAGAUGAUAGCAUCGCCACCAUCUAACUACCAGAUGAUGCAGUCUCCACCUUCAAAUUACAGUAUGUUGUCGCCGGCACCAAGCAUGAACCAAAUGGUACAAAGUCCAGGAAUAGGUUGUCAGCAGGUCAUGUCGCCUGGUAUGCAGACUAUGAAUCAAAUGCAUGGUGGUCAGAUGAUGAUGCACCAAGCACAUAUUAAUAAUAACUGUUACAAUAGACAGCAAAUGGCUCAAAGUGGUUGUUAUAACAUGCAACAGAAUUGGAACAAUUGCAACAUGAUGCCACAACAGCAAGUUGGUAAUAAUAUGUGCAGAAACCAAGACUACCAAGGUCAAAACAGGCAAAUAGUUGGUAAUAACUAUCCCAUGCAACAAAACUGUGGAACGCACAACUACCAAAAUCAGAACGGUUACGUGAACUGUCAAAACAAGAUGAAUGGUAAUAACUUUAACAACUGUCAACCGUAUCAAGGAUCUGGUUACAAUUGUAUGCCAAAUGGUUCAGAACCUUUACCAUCUCCUGUUAUGGCCACACCUGCACCUGCUGAUGUUGUGAACCAUCCUCAACAAGCACAAAUGAGCAGGCCAUGUACUACGCAUUAUGCUCCAAAUUGUUACCCAACACCUCCAUAUACGAAUCAAUGCGUUCCGAACCCGCAGAACUGCAACAACUGUCAGAACUGCAACAACUGUCAGAACUGUCAAAAGUUCAACCCACAGAAGAACGUAGAUCAAUGUAAAGACAACCAAUCUCAAGUGUCGAAUCAAACGAUGCUUGGCAUGAGGCAAGAUGCUUAUCAAAGGACGUUGGAGUACGUUCAGAAUUGUCAGUCUUGGGUUAAUAGCUCAGAGGUUGCAAACAGUACGCAUACGUUGAAAUGUGGUGACAAAGCGACGUCAAAUAUGAUUGUAAAUGACAUGACAUCAUCUCUAAGUUCUCUGUUAGAGGAAAACAGAUAUUUACAGAUGAUACAGUAGCAGAAAGACUGUUGCCUUGUAUAAAAUGUACAUUGUGAUAUGUAAAAAAUGAUGUUUGCAAUAUUUAAGUUUAAAAAGAAAAGGGCUUUAAGUUUUGUGUACAUUGAAAAUUUUAUGUUGUAUUUAUAUAGUGAAUAUUGUACUUUGUAAGAGAAUCGAGCAUUAUUUAUGUUGAUUAAUUGGGGUCAUGACUGGAUCUCAAAAUUUUGUAUCUUUAAGACCGUUUACUGCCAUGUUCAUAAUGUCAUACACAGAUAUUUUCAAGAUAUUUUUGUGAAUAUUUCUAUGUUAAAUUUUGUAUUUGCAAUGAGACUAUUUAAAUAAAG